UAUCGUCAGCGUGCCCAGGUCCUCUCCUCCAUCCAUAAGGACCAACCAGGUCACCCGGUAACGAGAGCUGUCUAUUGGAUAAGCUACAUCCUCCGUCACCAUGGCGCCAACCAUUUACGAUCCUCUGUCUACACUGUGUCCACCUACCAGUACUUCCUAUUGGACGUUGUGCUGGUCGUAGGGGCGGGGCUGGCCCUGAUUGGCUACCUGUUUUACCGGAUAGCAGGGCUACUAAGGUCAAAGGUUAAGGUUCAGGAGCGGGGGAGUGAGGUUGGCCACGGUGACAGUGGCGACGACAAGGCAAACGGACAUUGCCAUAGCAACGGAGCGGUCGCUAACGGGAAGMACAAACGUAACGGAGCGCCGGUGGAGAACGACAAGAAGAUGAAGUAAAGGGGCGGAGACUCUGUUCUGGGGUCAGAGGUCGGAGAGGAAGCUGAUUCUAAUGUAGAGAUUUAGGGUUUGGGGGAGAACAGAACACUCCUCAUUCUGGGAGACUGCAGAAAGACGGGGAUGAGGUGUGUGUGUGUUUGUUUCGGGGGAGGGAGGAGGGUUCAACCAAUGCUUACAAAACAACAACAACAUCAACAACCAAGGAGCUGGAAAGUCCAAAAGUCCUCCUCUCUCUCUCUCUCUCUGUCUCUGUCUCUCUCUCUGCCCCCUCUCUCCUCUCCUCUUAUCUCUGGAAUGGAAGGAUGAUGAAGAGAGUCUCUGUUUAACACCAACAAGGUUAAACUAUGUGAGGUUUUGAAGGAGAAUCGCUGCUCACCAAGCGACGGUGGACAUGUGUUACAUAUAACAACAACACGCUAAGCUAUUCUUUAAUCAGAUUAUAUUUUAUUUAUUUAAUUUCACUCAUCAAUCAGUCAAAAUGCAGUGUACAGUACAUCCUAACAGGGUUGGAAUGAUAUAAUGUUAUGUUAGUUAGAUAUACAGUAUAAUUAGAUUUAAUGUAUGUCUGUUUCUCUGUCUGUCUGGGAUUUGUUAUGUUAGUAAGAUAUACAGUGUAUUUAGACAGAGAGACAGACUUUAUAUCUAUCUGCUUCCCUCAUUCCCUCUAGACUGUCCCUAAUGGCCCCUAUUCCUUCCCUCAUUCCCUCUAGACUGUCCCUAAUGGCCCC